GCUGCUCUCUCUCUCUCUCUCUCUCUCUCUCUCUCUCACGCGCGCGCUCUCUCUCUCCUCUCCGGUCCUCUCGGUGUCUCGUGCGCUCUCUCAUUGGAUCUCCUGCGUCUCGCGCUCACUGUUUCUGAGACGCUGCUCCCAAAACCGGCCAAGCGACCCGCGGAUAUUUGCCCUUUUUUUUCCUUCCCCAUCAACAACAACAACAACAACAACAACAACAACCUCACAGUCCGGCGGCGCAGUAGGAUACGGCAGCGCUCACACGGAAAGGGGGGGUCGGAGCCGCCGUUAUUAACGGACGCAGCGCAGCGGAGGAAGCCACCGAGCAGACAGAAGCUGAGGACCGACGUGCUCCUGCUGCACAGAACAGAUUUUCAGCCUCAGCACGUAAAGGCGUAUCGUCUCCCAGAGGAAAGACAACACGUCCCUCUCCUACAGCAGCACAGCCUACAGGAGACGGAGAUCAGCAAGAAGAGAAACGAGUGCGACGUUCUCGAAGAGGGGGUGAAGAAAAAGAGCCAGUCAUGUCAAACCUUGGAGAGUGAGCUCCAGAAUGUUUUGCAGAGGAAAACGCAUUUAAAUGUGCACUCACUCUCCGACAUCCAGAAGACCACAGAGUGUGAGCAGGUGAAGUAUGAGUAUGAGCGCCUGUGGGAGGCUCUGUGUGCAGUGACUGUGGAGAGAGAUUGUGCUCUGUGGGAGAGGACUCAGCUCCAAGGCAAGCUGGAGAACCUAGAGCAGGUGCUGAAGCAUAUGCGCGAGGCUGCUGAGAGGCGGCAGCAGUUAGAGUUGGAACAUGAACAGGCCCUGGCCGUCCUCAGUGCCAAGCAGCAGGAGAUUGACCUUCUGCAGAAGGCUCAGGUUGAGGCAAAGAAGGAACAUGAAGGCGCCGUCCAUUUGUUAGAGAAUCACUUGGACAGCAUGCAGGCGAAGGUGAGGGAGUUGGAGGAGCGAUGUCGGACUCAGAGCGAGCAGUUUAACAUGCUGUCGAAGGAGUUGGAGCGCUUCAGGCUGCAGGCUGGGAAGUUGGACCUGCUCGGCUCCGGACAGCUGACGACGGGAGGAGACUCGCCCGACUCGCCCAGCAAAACAUCUUCACUUUGCUCGCUCCUCAACGGCCUGGGCAAGGGCAGUGAAGGCUCCUUGAGCAAGUCUGUGAUCUCGGAGUUCAUUCGACCUCUGCAGAUGAGCGCAGGAGAGAAGGCAGAGCUGCUGUCCAUCAAACCCAGCUUCCUGUCCCGGAGCACACCCUCCAGCCCCCGGCGAACCUGUCUCUCCGAGGUCCGACCGAUCUUCACUGCUGCUAUGGAGAGAGAGCUGAACCUGUCUCCUCGUGCCAAGCCCAGGUUAGCGGGAAAGGUCCGGCUGUGUGUCGCCCGCUAUAAUUAUAAUCCAUAUGAUGGCCCUAAUGAGCAUCCUGAGGCUGAGCUCCCCCUGGUGGCCGGGAAGUACCUUUACGUUUACGGGACCAUGGAUGAAGACGGCUUCUAUGAAGGGGAGCUGCUGGACGGCCAGCAGGGCCUCGUCCCUUCCAACUUCGUGGAUUUCGUCCAUGACGACGACUUCGCCUCGUCUUCGAAAGAACCGUCCUACCUCAACUUCACCUUCAACCACAGCAGCAGCCCAGCGUCAGUACCGAGCAGCGCAGUGAGCACGCUCAGUACACUGCUCUCUGAGAAACUGGAGGCCCUGAGCUCCUGCACGGGCACGGGGACGAGCAGCAGCAGCGGCGUUAGCAGCAUGGGAAUGGGCGUCGAGCUGGGCGUCAUAGGUUCUGGCUUGGCCAAUGAGCCCCUGGCUCCCUGUGGCACGAGCUCGGGCACGGCCAUGCUGGAUGUGAGCGUGGAUGAAGUCGGAGAAGACGUAGUGCCUUACCCACGGCGCCUGUCACUCAUCAAACAGCUUGCGAAGAGUGUGAUCCUGAGCUGGGAGUCUCCUCUGGUGCCACCCAGCUGGGGAUCCAUCAGCAGCUACAACGUGCUCGUGGAUCAGGAAGUGCGCGCCAGCGUGCCAUGCAGUGCUCGCACCAAGUUUCUAGUGGAGAAGCUGAACCUGGCAUUACGCGCCCACCGUAUUUCGGUGCAGAGCGUGACAGAGCGCGGCGUCUCAGACCCACUGCGCUGCACGCUGAUGGUCGGGAAGGACGUAACGGUGGCACCGUGCCAGCUGCGUGUCGACAAGGUGGCUCAGAACUCAGCCGAGCUCUCCUGGAUGCCCAGCGACAGCAACUACAGCCACACCGUCUUCCUCGACGGAUCCGAGUAUGACGUGGUCAAACCAGGAGGGUACAAGUACCGCUUCUACAACCUCAAACCAAUGACUGUGUACAAGGUGCGCGUGGUGGCAAGACCGCAUCAGAUACCCUGGCACUUACCUUUAGACCAGAGAGAGAAGAUGGAGACCACGGUGGAGUUCUGCACUCAGCCUGCUGGUCCGCCGUUCCCUCCGCAAGACGUCCAGGUGCAUUGUGGGACAUCACCGGGGGUGCUGCAGGUGCGCUGGAAGCCCCCUCCUCUCACACCAAGCGGCACCUCCAACGGCGCCAACGUCAUGGGCUACGUGGUCUGCACCAAAGGUCAAAAGGUCGCAGAGGUGAUGUUCCCCACAGCGGAAUACGUGACAGUGGAACUGAAUCGUAUCCAGUGUCUGGAAGCACGUGAAGUUGUCGUACGCACCAUCUCAGCUCAAGGCGAGUCGCAAGACUCCAACGCUGCCUCUAUCCCACACAACCUACUGCCGCCUCCACCCCAGUCGCACCCUCACCCAUCCCCCUUUCCCCCAAACUACCCACAGAGCUUCCCCCACCCACAACCACAACCACCACCAACACCAACGCCACACACACAGCCACCUCCUCCUCACCCUCAACCUCAGAUCCACCCUCCACCCUCUGCUCAGCCUUUCCCCAAACCCAAACUCCUCCCAAGUGCCCGAGAUGCCCACGCCAAAGAGCCAGAGGCAGGCAGGAGGCAGUGCCAGCCAUGGGAGCCUCACCAACGAGCCCCAUCGCCCCUGCCACCCCCAACCGCCGGGGGUCCUGGACUGGAGCCGCCAGUACCACCACCGCAUGUGGCCCAGAGGAUCCUGCCCCAGCCUCAGGGAACGCCAAUCUCCAACACGGUGGCACGCGCCAUGGCGAGGCAGGCAGCCCAGAGACAAGGCACCAACCACAAGCCGGAGAGAAGGAACAUCUUCAGUGAGAGGAAUAAUACUCCUCACUCCGACGAGGAGGACGAUGUUUACGACUCGUCCCACACCAGGCGGAGAGGAGCCUCGGUGGACGACUUUCUCAGGGGCUCUGAACUGAGCAGACAUCACCACCACUACUCCCACAGCGAGGAGUACUACACGGAGAGCAGCCGAGGUUCGGAUCUGUCCGACAUCAUGGAGGAGGACGAGGAGGAGCUCUACUGCGAGAUGCAGCUGGAGGAAGGCCGCCGGAGGAGCAUCAGCUCACACAACACACUGAAGGCGUACUACAGACGCCAGGACCUGUUGGAGGAGCAGGAGAGCUGUAACUGGGACCUGCAGCGGGAGGUGGUCCGCCAGCGCUCGAUGCGUUCUCCCAAGCGCCUCCACAGCAUCCCUGAGGUGGCCGAAGAGGAGCAGGAGGCUGGUGCUGAGCAGAAAACACGGAAAGAGGAGAAAGCAAGAGAAUCUGAACGGCUAUCUUCAAACACCCAUAUUCUGAAGCAGUUCCAGCGGCGCCGAUGCUUUUCAGCAGAGGACAGAACCUCAACCUGGGGCAGCAGGCAGAACACCAAAAGCCCAGACAGUGGCCUGGACUGUGGGAGUGAAGAUGAGAGCUUGCUGGCCCCCCGCGUUGGCUGGAACUGGCAUUGCAGCAGCAGCAUCCACAGCGAGGGCCCAGCAGAGCGUCGUGCACUGGCAACAGGCAGGAAGAGGACACUGACGCGCCAGUGUGGCGUGGAGGAGGACUUCCUGGACACAGCGGGUGACCUGAGGGAGUCGUACCACCACUACUACCGUCCACAUAUUUAUCACCAUCUUCACCAUCUCCAUCGGCCUCGGCACAGGUUCCGGAGCGAGAGCAGGCUGAGUGAGGUUGGCAGGAGCUAUAGCAGGGACAUUAGGGCUCACUCUGUGGCCAGACUCAACAGAGCUGUGGAUGAACCUCUGAUUUUAGGGAACUCUUCCUCCAUGGGACGCUCGGAUCGACUGGAGCAGUCCAGCCGUCGGACGAAUCAUGGAUGUCCUCCCCCUCAGAGAAGGCCCAUGAUGGUUCCUUCCAUUGAGGUCACAGUGGAGAAUAACAGUGAGGGGAACCUCUCACCUGUCAAGGAUGAUGUUUACUAUGGCAGUGUAGUGCGCCGCAGGAAAUGCCCACCACUACAAUCAGAGCAACAAUAUGGCGGUUACAGAGGACGGGACAGACGCUCACCAGACUACUUUGAUGAGUCGGAGACGGACAGCAUGGCCAGGAUUUUUGUAGCUCUGUUUGACUACGACCCCCAGUCCAUGUCCCCAAACCCUGAUGCCACAGUAGAGGAGCUUCCCUUCAAAGAGGGCCAGAUCAUAAAGGUGUUUGGAGAGAAGGACAUGGACGGGUUCUACAGAGCGGAAGUCUGUGGCCGGAGAGGUCUCGUUCCGUGUAACAUGAUAUCUGAGAUCGAGACGGAGGACGGCGAGAUGAUGGACCAGCUUCUUCAACAGGGCUUCCUACCACUGAACACACCAGUCGAAAAAAUCGUGAACUGUGAUCGGUUCAAAGAUGGCCGCUCACUAAAUCGCAGGUUUCGGAAAUCCAAGAGAGAGCGGAACAGGAGGAGUGGACGGCACCCGAUGUCCACGCGCCGGAUGGUGGCUCUGUAUGACUACGACCCCAGGGAGAGCUCGCCAAAUGUAGAUGUAGAGGCUGAACUGACCUUCUGUGCCGGAGAUGUGAUAACGGUGUUUGGGGAAAUCGAUGAAGACGGGUUUUAUUAUGGUGAAUUGAACGGGCACAGAGGUCUGGUGCCCUCCAACUUUCUGGAAGAAGUGCCUGACGAUGUGGAGGUUUUCCUCACCGAGCCACAGGAUCACCCAGGCAGGACCAAGAGCAAAAGGAAGAAGAGCGUUCAUUUCACUCCGUAACGGCUCAGUGCACCUCACGUAAGUGAGCGACUGAUGAUACCAAGACUAACACUGUCCUCGUCUAAUGCAGGUGACAUGGGUAGCCUUUAAUGUUUACCCCCUGACAAAGGGGUGUAUACACACACACAUACACAGAAACACACACACACACACACACACAAGUCAGCAAUGUACAGACCAAGACAUGCAAUAUAGACACGCUUUACAUACACACAGCUCUAAAGACACACAUUGUUAAAUAAUAUGUAAAAGCUACAUAGUUAACUUGUUACUCAGGCAUCGACACAUCACAUGAUCUCAGUAAGAAAAUACAACUUUAUGAUGAUAAUAUGAUGAUAUUAACGGAAUGGUUUGGUGAAAAAAAAUUCAAUUUAUACAAUAUUCUACUUAACCUAAAUGUAGUCUAUCAGCCGAGCUGUCUGGGUUAGUUUUUGUCCUUUAGUUUUGCACUGGAAAUCCAAGUAGGGGUUGCACAAAUGCUAAUUUUUACUAGUCAAUGAUUAUUUAAAAAAAAAAAAGUAGUUAACUAAAAGUAGUCUGUUGUGUUCUGUUCAGGGCAUUGUUAUUUUUAGGAUGUUUUAUUUGUGUAGCAAUGAACGUGUCAAACAACACUUCAGUUAACAGUCAUACACAGGCUAUAGGCUAUGAACAUUUCCAGUAUGAGCCCUGGGAUGAGCAACAGGACAGUCUUUAUGAUUACAGCAGCAGAUCUUCAGGCAAAAUUUUCCACGUCUUGGUUGACUGACUCCAUUUGGGAAGUGGAAAUUGUGUAAAUUAAAAAUAUCUUCACAUGAGGCAGUAGUAGGUCAGUGGUUAAGGUUCUGUAAUCAGAUGGUUGUGAGUUUGGAUCCCAUCACUGCCAGACAGUCACUUAAAUGCAUAAAACGCAUAAAACAUACACACCUCCUCCUUCACAGAUCAAGCACUUUAUUUCAUGUUACACUGCAGUCAUUAAUACACUCUCACCGGCACUUCUAGCCACACUCUUGCUACCUCACAUUUAUUGACUCCUUGCCUGUGAUUGGACGAACAGAAAGCAGAGAUUGUUCUGCUCAAGUACCAUGAGAAAGUGAAAACCCGCAAACUCUGCAUUAGACGGGCCGAGCUGGUAUCUUCAGUCGGUUCUCUGGGUGUUUGUACAUGACAGUGUCCGUCUCAUUGACUCCUGCUGUAACUCAUGACUCAAGCUACAUGGGCGCUGUUGCACAGCAGAGGUCCGAGUUUGAGCUCCCUCUUUCCCUCCCUCCCUCUUCGACCCCCGUAGCGUGGACGCCCCUGUAGUAGAAACGAACCCUCCCUUCCCGGCGAGAAGCUGUGCACCAGACAAGAUCGCACUUACCUAAAAUGAGCAAAAUGGAAUUGGCACAUUUUUAAUGCAUCAUGGAGUGAUGUCUGGGGUGCGGUUUUGCUCCAAGGAACGGCAACAAACACCAAUAAAACAUCAUUUCUACCCCUUUUAGAGAGUAGAUUUCCACCAUCAGCAUUAGUUUGUCACAUUUUUUUCUUCUCAUUUUAGUAGUUUUUAGUCAAUUAAGAUCUUGACAUUUGUAAAUGAAGUGUGUGUUUAAAGCAGGUUUGAUUUGGCUUCAGGUCCCUUGGCGAAGUUACCAUGCAGAAAGGUGAUAGAUUACAUCAGAGACUGGUAAAUUAAACACUCGUCUUUUUCUCUUUAUCACCAUUAAUUUGAUAAAAUAUACACAUUUCCCCCAUGCCCCUGAAGGUGUGAUGUAGUAAAUGAUAUAGAAGGAAUUGUGAACUGUGUUUCCUGGCCUUCAUUACAGCAGAGUGAUAUUUAGAACGGAGUGAGACUGAGACAUCCGUCAUUUAGGUUUUGUCCCUCUGUGUGUAAAAAACAAUGACAGCUCUGUAGUAAUCAUAGAUAAACAUAUUAGACCACUAGAUAGUGAAAUAAGUGUCCUUUACUGACUCACACUGAUUUUUGCCAAGGUAUUUUUUUAAGAUAAUAUUUUUCUGCUGAGAACAAGUGCAUUUUAUGGGGAAAAAAAAACAACUCAGAGGUCUAUCUUACCAUAAUACGCAAUCUUUUAAAUUGGAUUGGAUUGGUAAAUUUGCUAAGGUGUAAAUUUUUCUCUCAAUACAGCUUAUCUAGACAUUCAUAAGCUAACAUCAGUGACUCUCAUAACUUUUACAACAAAAUGUACAAUUAUUAAAUUUAGGCGAUGUUGCUAUAAAACAUCCCAGUUUUUAUUUUGUCCAGCUAUCUCCAUGUCUAAUGUGUAUAUCUAUGAUCCCAAUCCACAUUGUACCACAUUAAGACAGACAAGAAAACUGUGUAUAAUAUUAUUAUUAUUAUUAUUAUUAUUAUUAUUAUAGAAACCAGAAUAUUCAAAGCACCUUUUUAUGCAUUUUCAAUCUCUCUCAAUCGUAGCAUUUGCAUCACAAACACAUUUUUUUAAUGAAGAGGAGGGGAAGGGAAUACUUUUUCCGUCUAUUUUGAACAUACAGACAGUGAAGCUGUAUACACAGUUGUUCUGUGGAGGGACUUUCUCCCUGUGUACUGUACGGUGGCCCUGCUGGGACAGAAAGGACUUGAUGGAGAUGGAGGGUUGGAUGUGCAGUGGGAUGCUGUGAGAGAAAAUCAGAAACAAUGACAGUUUUUUUCCUGAACUGUCCCUUACGGGUCUCCCAUUAGGUUCCUGUGGAAAAAGCAGGGGGCUCUCCGAGACGAAGCACCACCUCCAUGGUGCGCCCCCACGUCCAAGGCUCUGGCCCCGCCUCCCAGGGGCCAGGGAGCCCCGCUGCGCGACGGCCCCGAGCCGAACCUAAGAAAC